UUACUAAUCGGGUCCUUUAAGCCUGCGAAGCGAGCCCUAGAGCAAACCAACCCCAUCCAAAACGUGUAAGAGCAGACCUGGCCAGUUACGUCUCCUCGAACCCAGGCUUCCUUUUCACGAAUGACCCAACGAAGGCCUUCGCAACCAAAAAAAGUUGGCCAGCCUAAAUUAGGACAGAAACUGAUCGGUAAAUUUACUAGGAGGAACAGAAAACAGUUUACGGAGGAGUUAGAGCAAGUACACCAGCUUAGAAUGGAAGAGUCGGCCGACCCAUCCUAUAUUGAGGGCAAAGAGGAGGCAGCCGAUGAAGUCAUCGCGAACACGGCCAUCAUACUUUUCCUACAGAGCAUCACGGAUCUCGCCAGAAACUCUAUCAUCGAAUCGGCGUUCGAUCAUGUGAAAAUACCAUGCGGUUUUUGGCAGCGGGAAUUACAACGCCUGGACAAACGGGGCCUUGCGGCAAAUCUCACACCGCAACAAAUUGGCCAUUGUCGAGGCCAAAAAGCACCUCCGUAAGCCCAAGAAGGAAGAAAUAAUCAAGCAGGAUGGUGUAGAGUCGGUUGACUGAGCGCUCAAAAAGGACCAUAUCCUUCCAAAUUUCAAUGGGCACCGAGUCCUGAUUUCCCACGACUAUAACGAGACCUGGGUCAGAACUAUCAGCUACCACGACGACUACACCACUUAUCUAGAGCGGAGGGGACAACAGGAGCGACUAACUCCGAAUGCAUACAUGAAUAUG